UCAAGAAAUGCGGCCGUCUGACACUGCGUCCGUCCGCGUUACUCGCAACAACACGGUUGUUAGCAGUUAACGAAAAGAAAGAAAAAAAAACCGCGUAAUGUAAACACGUAACGUAUUUUGUUUACAAUAAUCAUGGGCCAGUGUUUAACACGCCCGUUUUUUGGGCGAUAAUAACUUUUUUAAAGCGAGGCGAUUUUUUUGAAACUAAUUCGAAUGCUUAAAAAAAAUUUUUUUUUUUUUAAAUUCAUUCUGUGAUUGUAAUUUGUGGCAAUUGUGGUGUCUAUAGUGUAUGACCUCGAACUGUUUGUGAUCGUACAAGUGUUUAAUUUAAUGAACGGUGCCGGACUGUUUAAAAUUGGAAUCGAUUUUUAUUCAUUAAGGUGAAAUUCUUCCCCCACCAUGGCCACAGAAAACAGCAACUCCACGUUGGAGAUGGGCACCAGUGACCAGGUUCUGGUCGCGAGUAAACGUAAGAAGAAUAUAACAUACGGUAUAGGCUUUGGUGUGAUGGUACUUAUUAUCGCGGUAGUCGUCACUGUGGUCGUGCUGCUAGCUGAUAACGAUGGAGGAGUGGCCGAUCCUAUCAUCACAACUGAAGGACCAACCUCGCCCAUUACCACGACGACCACGACGACUACAACACUAGCACCGCCCACGACAUCUCCACCCGUGCCCACGACCACCGAUGCACCAACAGACCCGCCUCAAGAACCGCUCGAUCUUGAAUCGAUCAUAAACGGACUCUAUUCGGCCAACUCAUUCAACGCUUCUUGGUCGUCUGGCAACGAAAUUCUGUUUAGAAACUUUAACGGUGAUUUGGUUCAAUACAACGUGGAUUCUAGAGAUACAAUAAUUCUAAUUGCCAACACAUCACAGACUUUGCAGCAGUCUUCGCGAGUGACGCAGCUCUCUUCUGAUGGGUCACAAAUCAUCCUGGCCUACAGCGUUGCGCCGCUGUUCAGAUACAGUUUCUUGGCUCGCUACGCUGCUUAUGACGUCGCGACCGGCUCUGAACGAGACAUCGUCCCUCCUGGAGUACAAUCCAGCGAGGUCUUCCUCCAGAACUUCGUAUGGGGUCCUAGAGGCACAUCUCUCGCUUUCGUCUAUUUGAACAACAUUUUCUAUCAGUCGAGCUUGACGGCCGUCCCUCAACAGAUUACGACUACAGGCGAGAUUAAUGUCAUCUAUCACGGUGUUCCCGAUUGGGUCUAUGAAGAGGAAGUCUUCAGCUCAAACAACGCGAUGUGGUUCUCGGCGGAUGGUCAGAAGUUAGCCUACGUGACUUUUGACGAUACAAACGUUCGGGUGAUGCCGGUCCCGCAUUACGGCGUCCCAGGCAACAUCAACUACCAAUACACCCAGCACCAUCAAAUAAGAUAUCCUAAGCCCGGCACAACCAAUCCAACUGUUACGGUUACUCUGCGGGAUCUCAAUUCUGGCUCGUCGAAUGCGUACGCUGCCCCCAGCGAUCUUAACGAGCCGAUCUUGAGGACAGUCCAGUUCACAGCUAACAAUGUGAUCGCCUUGAUGUGGACUAACCGAGUGCAGACAACCCUAAGAGUUGUGCUAUGCACUCUCGGACAAACGGCUUGUACACAGAUAUACCAAUACACAGAAACUAACGGAUGGAUCGACAAUAUUCCACUGCUCUUUAAUAACGCGGGCGAUUCUUUCGUGACAAUUUUGCCUUUUGCUGUAGAUGGAGUUCGGUACAAGCAGAUUGUGCAAGUUUCACGCGGCACAGGCACAACUUGGCAGAGUACGGGAAGGACCAACACAGCUCACACCGUUUCGGAAAUCCUGCACUGGUCUUCGAAUGAUAUCAUCUGGUACCGAGCCACACGGGUUAACGACCCCGCAGAACAACAUAUAUACACCGUGAACAGCGCCCGUGAGGUUGCGUGCUUCACUUGCGAGAUCCGAAGGCUGGACGGCGGACAGUGCUUGUAUAACGAAGCUACCAUCAGUUCGAGUGGCGAGCGGAUCACGAUCAACUGUGCCGGACCUGACGUUCCGCAAGUUCUCAUCUUCGACAGUAGUGGUAACCUUAUCAAAGAAUGGGACACAAACUCGGAGCUCUUAUCGUUGGUGGCCAACAAAAUUCUUCCGACCACAGUGCGGAUGUCCGUACCAGUUGCCGCAGGUUACCCCAACGCUGACGUCCAGAUACAAGUUCCAGCAGAUUACCAGCAUCGGACCAAUUUGCCUCUUCUUGUUUAUGUGUACGGCGGUCCCGACACAUCACUGGUAACGAAGCAGUGGUCGAUUGACUGGGGCAGUUACCUUGUCAGUCGCUGGAACGUCGCCGUGGCUCAUAUCGACGGUCGUGGAGCUGGAAACCGAGGCGUUAACAAUUUGUUUGCUCUGAACAGAAAACUUGGUACCGUGGAGAUAGAAGAUCAGAUUUCUGUUACAAAGUAUUUACAAGAAAAACUUUCGUAUGUCGAUGCUAAUCGCACCUGUAUCUGGGGCUGGUCGUACGGCGGCUACGCGGCCUCCCUGGCUCUCGCCCGUGGUGGAGAUGUAUUCCGAUGUGCUGCUGCAGUCGCUCCUGUUGUCGACUGGAAAUUCUAUGAUACAAUAUACACGGAACGUUACAUGGAUCUGCCACAGAACAACGUAGAGGGCUACGCCGUUUCAUCGCUGUUGGUCAAUGAUGUGGUGGAUUCAUACAAAAGUAAAAGCUAUUUCCUCGUUCACGGCACAGCGGACGACAAUGUGCAUUACCAACACGCUAUGCUGAUCUCGCGGCUUUUGCAGAGGCGGGACAUCUACUUCACACAAAUGAGCUACACCGAUGAAGACCACGAUCUAAUUGGCGUGAGGCCGCAUCUUUAUCACGGCCUAGAGAAGUUCCUUCGAGAAAACAUGUUCUAAGAAAAAUAAAGCACCUUCUACGUUCCAUUUUAAAAAAUCGAUUUUAAAUUACAGUUGUCAAAAGUCUAGUCCGUAUGAAGAAAAGAAAACAAUAGUAAAAUAUAGUUUAAUAAUAGAAUUUUAACAAAAAAAUGUAAAUAUAAUACUAAUUUUUAGUGACUAACCUUGAAAUAUAAAUAAUUUAAAAGUUAUACUUCUUAUUGCCAAAAUUAAAAGUUGUCUAGCUGUGUUGAAUCAAAACUUCAAACGUGGAAUACACUGAACAAUUUAAUUGUCUGGCUUCUGGUAUCUUCAAUGUCCAUGGGCAGCGGUGAUCAUAUACCGUAAAGGGAACGUGCCGAGUGCUAAUAAUUCUGUCAAUGACAGCUAUAAAAAUAUCGUAAUUUAUUAAGGGCAGCACAGAAGAAGACAGCUCUCCUACUCUUGAGUGUAUUCAUGUUAAAAUUUUAAAUAUUAAAAAUAAUAUUUACUCUAAUGUCCACAUAUUUUAUUUAUUUUAAAUAUUUUAGAUUAUGCUUCCACAGCAAUAAGCGAUUAGUUUAAGAACACACCCGAUUCCUACCUUAAUAAUGCUUAAUAGUAU